CCCCCCCCCCCCCUUGGUGUGUGUGUGCCUCGCAUUCCCAUCCCGGUACAUCGUGCAGAAAGUACUGCUCCUGUCCCGUCGUCUGCACUCUUGCUGCUAGUCAUACCCCUGCUCGCUGGACCCGGCCGCCGUUGUCCAUUCACGUCGUUCCAGUAGACUGGGAAGCAACAAGCAAGUGCAAGAUACCUGGAUAAAGGUACUUGUCAAGAGGUAGACGUCCUGGGCGAAGUGGUGAGGGCCUACCCCGAGGUAUAUACAAUCCGAUGUUGCCUUCUUUGGCUUCAACUUGGCUAUUGCUACGUAGCUGUAGCUUCUCUCUUUCUUUUCUUAUUUUGCCUCAUCCCAGUGCUCCUUGUUCCUUGUCAAGCCCUCUUGCCACGCUGCUUCACGUUUACCUAGAUCUAUCUAUCCGUCGUCUCCCAUCUCCAUAUUCCUAUCCGCCCACCCUCAUCCUCACUCAUCCUUCUCCGCAUCUCACACUUAUCUCGACGACAACUCCCACCCAGCGAACCGGCACAAAACAGUUUGACUUGACUGGCUUCUCGCGGAACGACAGAUCACUUGCAACCUCUCGUGUCACCGUCAUUCCUCUGUCACAAGAAAGAGGCUGGCUCAUCUUUCUCAGCGGCGCCAAGAUUAAGGAACCUUCCUGAGACCAUCAUCUGUAUUUCUGCCAUUCUCAUAAGCCUUCGGGAAACACGACGUCGAACCGGCAUUGACCCGUCAGAUUUGACCGAGGUCUAAGCAC